GAUUAUUGUUUCAAUGAACUUUUUAUUUAUGUAAGAUGUAUUCCACUUUAUAAAGAACAGUGUAUCUAAUUAAAAUCAUAAAACAUUCGAAACAAUUCAUUGACUGUACAAAUGUGUAUCCAAGAUUUUUAACAUGUCAAGUAAAGAUGCAAAAGUAUAUGUUUGUACUCAAGCUGGCUGUAACAACAAAUACAAUAGACCAUACAGAUUAGAACAACACUUGCUAAGUCAUUUAAAUAUUAAACCUUUUCCAUGCACAUGGGAAAAUUGUUGUAAGGCUUACUCAAACAAAAGUCAUUUGAAUCGUCAUAUAGCCAGUGUCCAUGAAAAAGAGAAAAAGAAUAUUAUAUACAGUUGCCCACAAUGUUGUAAAACUUAUUCAAAUAGACAAAAUCUAAAGAAGCAUAUAAGACAAAAGCAUGUGAUCAAUCUGCCGUUUGUGUGUGAUUGUUGUAAAGCACAAUGUAGAAAGAAACAUCAACUAAGUGCUCACAUGUAUAUACAUAAUGGAGUUAAAGCAUUCAGUUGUGAAAUUUGCUCAAAAGAAUUUGUUACUCUCUAUGAAAAGAAGAGACAUAUGCGAUGCCACAAAACCUAUACCUGUGAUGAAUGUUCCUCAACAUUUAACCAAUGGUCCAAGUACCAAAAGCAUAGAAAAUCUGAACAUUGUGCCAAAAAAUACAUUUGUGAUGAAUGUGGAAGAGCUUAUACUCAAAGAAUUCACAUUAUCCGACAUUUGAAGAUACAUUCAAAUGCCGAAAAUCUGAGAAGAACAUUUGCUUGUCCUUACUCAAACUGCUUCAGGCGUUACACAAGAAAUAGUAAUCUUACACAACACAUAUUAGUAAAACAUAAGAAACUCAAACAUAUUUGUAACAUUUGUGAAGCGGAUUAUAGCAGUCAGGCAAAAUUAAAGGAGCAUUUAAAAAUACACGAAAAUGGAGUUGUGCCAAGAAGAAAAGUAAAAUCAUUAGCAAAUGGACGUAAACACAGAAAAGAUAAGGAUACUCUAAAAGUGACGACUGCACUUAAACUUGCUGGAUUAACUGAAACGGUCCUUGAAAAAUGUAAAGUAUUCAACAAUACACAACAUCAAUAA